AUGUUACUUAUAUUCUUCCUCUUAUUCUUUGUCGACGCUCAUAUUCGAAUGGACCUUUCGGCCCAAUCCCACCCUGAUGAGAGGAUCAGAGAAAGAGAUAAUGUGAAGGGAAAAUUAUCUAAUCGAGAUAUUACUUUUACUGCGCCUUUACUGAUUGGCUCAGAAGAGGAUAAAGUCCGUAUAAUGGUCAAUACUGGUCUGAACCUCUUCUGGGUGCCAACUCGUAACUGUGACUACUACAGUAAUAACAGGCGAGACACAAUACCUGAAAUAGGUCAGUGUGACUCAGCCGGAAUAUACCUCCCUUCAGCACUGACUUUGUUCCAUAAUACAAGUGAAGAAUUUGUAUGGCAUUAUGGGAAAAAUGCAAAUACAACUCAGAAAGGAUUCGGUGGAUACUUCGGUACUGAUAAAGUCCAAUAUGGAGAUUACGCAGGAAAUAUGACUUUUGGUAUUGGCAAUGAAGUUAAUCAUAUUGGCGAACUUGGCUUGGGCUUCCGAGAUCCCGGAAUGACAUACUCCAAUUCGACGUUGAAUCAGCUAAGUUUCUUGCAACAACUAGUAAAAAAAGGAGACAUCCAAAGAAAUGCGUAUUCUUUCCAAUUGGGAAUAAACAACGCUUCUGAGGGUACCCUUCAACUUGGCGCUGUUGAUCAUAGUAAGUAUGAAGGAAAGCUUCAGAAGGUAAAAAUGGUUGAUCUUUAUAGUGAUAGCUCAGAUUCUAUUCUGAUUCUACUUGAUGGGAUUCUGGGUACAGACUUCAGCAUGGAAUUGAACAUGGCUGUUGCUAUCAGAAUAGAAGAAGCAACACUGAUUCUUCCUGAUCGUUUCUUUGAUAAACUAAUUGCUCACUUGAAUGCAAUUAAAACACCCGAUGAUGUUACUGUUGUUCCCUGCAGCAUGUUGAAUCUGACGGAUCUGCUCUCGUUCUAUUUUAGUGGUAUUGAAAUUCAAGUACCACUAAGAGAUCUAAUCUUCCAAGAGAGUACAUUUGGUUGCUGUCUAACGAUUGAUGAUUAUGAUGGUCCGUAUCAUCUCGGUCAAGACAUACUCAAAAGUGCAUACGUCGUUGUUGACUUGGACAACAAAGAAGUUGCAUUGGCUCAGGCGACGAAUUCUUCGAGCGAAGACAUCGAAGAUAUCGUGUCUGAGAUCCCUCUGGCUCUGGAAGCUCCACUCUACUCGUAUACCGAAGUUGCCGAGAAGUAUUACUACUCAGAUGGGUGGGUAAGCUCUCUGUAUGACGUUUCAUCUCGGCCCUCAUACUCCACAAAUACAGGAAGCAGGUCUGUCGAUCUUGGAAGUACAACAUACAUGCCUUUUUAUACAAAGGCAACUACUAUUUAUGAUUACUUUGCUUCCCAAAGGAAUAGUGGACACUUCACAAGAUGCCUGCCUUUCCUGUUCCUCCUAUUUUCGAUACUUUUAGCUUUGUAA